AUGUUACAGAUGACCGGCGGCGGCGGCGGUGGAGUUACCGGACGACGGCGCAGCCAUUCAGACGCCUGCGAGAAACACGACCCUUGUCAACACGGCGGAAUUUGUAUUUCCACGGACGACGGACCGAAAUGCCAGUGCCGCGAUAAGAAUUUCGAAGGGGCCCACUGCGAAAUCG